AUGCCAGACAUUCUGAUCCCCAAAUUAAUCAACCUGGGGCUCCCACCACCCACCUGCUCCUGGAUUAAAGACUUUCUGGUCAACCGACCCCAGCAGGUGAAACUGGGUCCUCACCUCUCCUCCUCCCGCACACUCAGCACUGGCUCUCCCCAGGGCUUUGUGCUGAGCCCACUACUCUACUCCCUCUACACAUCAGACUGCAGUCCCACCCACCCAGAGAACAUCUUUGUCAAAUUUGCUGAUGACACAACGGUGACCAAGGAACUCAUCCUGGACUUCCGACGGAACAGAGCCCCCCCUGCCCCCCUGUACAUCAACGGUGAAGGUGUGGAGCGAGUGCAGUCAUUCAAAUUCCUCAGAGUCCACAUCUCUGCUGAUCUCUCCUGGUCGGUCAACACCUCAGCGCUGGUCAAGAAGGCCCAGCAGCGGCUACACUUUCUGAGGGUGCUCAGGAGAGAGCAUCUAAACGCACAUCUGCUGGUGACCUUCUACCGUUCCACCAUCGAGAGCCUGCUGACCUACGCUGUGUCAGUGUGGCACUCCAGCUGCACGGAGGCCGACAGGAAGAGACUGCAGAGGGUUCGAAUCAGAAACCUGAACCUAGAAGCUUCCCACCAUCUGAUGGAGCUGUGUUUGGAACGGGAACCAUCCCUCAUCUUUGACCUCCUGGCCGCGUACAUCCCUCAUCCCACAUCUGACCCACAACAGCAAGCCUGGUGCAUUUGCACCAAAUGCAAGGAGUUGCCUACGGAUCUAGAGAGGAAAUGCUGUGGACAACUCCUGGACUCCUGUGUCUCCAUGCUGCCUCACAUGGACGCAUACAUAAUGCAGGGGGGGGGGUUCUGCGGCUGGCCAGGAGGAUCUGGAAUGAUGUCCGUGCUGUGGCUGACCGUCCAGACCCAGGGGAGGACAACAAACAGUUUAGCUAACCAGGGGGAGAAGCUGAAGAACUUGCUAACUUGUGGAGGGAACUCUCUUGGCUACUAUAAUGAAUAUGUUGUUGUUGUGAAUAAGAGUGCUCCACAACAGUUGGAGUAUCUCGAGUUUUUGAAGACGUUGAAACUGUUCUGUGUUCUAGACUUCGACCCAAACUCGGCAGCUAUCGACGGACUCUGCUUUUCCUACGGAGAAUCACGGGUGGCCAAUAAGCAUGAGCCAGCUCUCUAUGUGGGAGAGGCCGGGGAUGUGAUUAAGAAACUGAACCUUUACAAACAGACCAGCUGGGUGUUCUGCAAUGGACGACAGGACGUUGACAGUGAGUCCUGCAAGGUGUUUGACUACAAGACUUGGUUCAGAAAAGCAUGCAGAGAUAUGGAGCAAUUCGUUUCAUUUGUUUGUAAACCAGAAGUUCUCUUACAGGCCAGAACUCUCAUUAUCUUUCUUCUCCUUUCCCCCGUGUUGAGUGAGAAAGACCCCAUCUUCGAUGCGUACAAUGCCUUCUAUAAAAACACAGAAGGAGAGAACAUUAUCAGUAUCUGUGAGUCUCAAAGCACUUUUGAGAAGUGGAGGCUGUUGGUGGAGGGGAAGUGUGACAGUGACAUCAGCCAGCAGGCAGUAUGGGAGCUGAGCCUGAGUGAGAUCAAUGGCACCGUGAAGGCUCUGGGACCCUUGGAUCAGUCAUCUGAUACUUGGCUACUUCCCUCGUCUGACUCUUCCGUCAUUGUUCUGACGCGGAAGCAGAAAGACCUGAUGACUGCUCUUGAUAUUUUGUGUCUAAAUCAAUGUGAGAAAAGGGACGAGGAACACAGCGAAUUGUUAGACGAUUUUAAACUCAGAGUUGAAGAAGAAUUUUUCAGAGGUGGUAAAGUGAAAUGGUGGAACUUCUAUCUUUGUGAGAAACCCAAAGCAAAGCCGUUCAUCAAAAGAGACAAAUAUGAAAAGCUGGAGAAAAUGAUCAAAACUCAUUCAGAAAAUUCAGCAGACGUGUGUAAACUGCUGAACCUCUUUCACCAUCCCGGGUGUGGUGGCACCACCCUAGCCAUGCAUGUAAUGUGGGGCCUCCGUCAGCAAUUCAGAUGUGCUGUUUUAAAAGACAACACUUUGCCACAGACAGAAAUCGCCAUUCAGGUCAGAAAGUUAGUUAUGUUGAAUGAGAAACCAUCUCCAGUUCUGUUGCUGGUUGAUGAUUCAAAGGACAAUGUGAAUGCCCAAAAUCUUGUGACGUGCAUCAAAGUUGCCAUUGAGGAGAGCUGCUUAAGCCGAACUGCUGACGCACCGACCUGCCACGUUAUCAUACUUAACUGUGUUUGUUCUCAAAACCCACAGGACCUCUACCAUCAACACUCUACACCAAGUGUGGUUAUUACUAGUUCCAUUACACCCAAAGAACAGGUGGAAUUUGAGGAAAAGCUUCUAGAGCUCAGAGAAACUCAUACAAAACCUGAAAACUUCUACAGCUUCAUGAUCAUGAAGAGUAACUUUGACCCUAAAUAUGUUGAAGGUCUUGUUCAUAAUACCCUGGAAAACUUUGACUUCAGCACAAAGAAGGCCCAACUUUUUGGCUUUCUUUCAUUAUUAAAAACGUAUGUGUUUGCAUCUGAAAUCUCUAUCUCACUCUCCGAAGAGUAUCUGGGACUUAAAAUGUUCAACUGGAAUGAAGACAAUGUUCUGGAGAGAAUGAAGCCAUAUUCAAAUUUUCUCAUCAUAGACCGAGAGGAAUGUGGAGGGUAUAAAUUUUUGCGCAUCCUGCAUCACUCCAUUGCAUCUGCCUGCAUUGAAGAGCUGGAGAGGACAUACCACUUGAAAGUGAGUCACAUAAUUAUGUCAAUACUUCAUUGUGAUCUGUUUUUCACGACCAAACCCAAAAUCGGCAAAGGAAAUCUAGAACGAUCCAUUCAACGUAUUCUGAUUGAACGGCAAAGCAGAAAAUAUGGGGAUGAAAGAGAUACAUUUUCUCCCCUCAUAGAGAAAAUUCAUAAACAGCAGGGUAAAGAAAUGAUCCAAGAAAUCUUUACUAAAGCAUCUUCCCGGUUGGUUGAAAGUGCUUCAAUUCCACAGGCGCUGGCAAGGUACUUGUACCUCAACGAGCGUGAUUUUCCGGAGGCGUUGAAUUGGGCAGAAAAGGCGAAGAACAUCAGAGAAAAUUCCUAUACCGUAAAUACGAUUGGACAAGUGUACAAGAACCAACUAAAAUCCAACAUACCAAGUAAAAAGAAUGGUCCACCUUGUAAUCCAGAAGACUUGGACGCAAAUAUUAAUUCAUCAAAGAAGGCUGUCACUGCUUUUAAAAGAGCCCAAGAGCUGGCAAACACAGAGGAUGAACUGAAUGAGGCACCGUGGGAUGAUGAUGAAUCUGAAGACAACGCUGCCAAAUCAUCGUACAACUUUGUUGGCUAUAUGGGGGUGCUGGAGGUGGCUUUUAUGGUAUAUGAAAUGUUGAGCAGAUUGCCCUUCUUUGAGGAGAGUGACCCAUCGAGAAAAAAGUACCUGCAGAAUUUUCUAAAAGAAAGUCUCCCAAUCACUAGUGUGCACAUGGAAGAUAAUGAAGUCAAUAACCGUUACAUUCAAGUCAUCAAAGCCCAUCAGCUGUUUCUCAUUAACCUCAAACCCGAGGUCAAAGAAAUAUUUGAUAUCCUUGAUUGCUACUUCACAUACACAAAGGGAAACAAUUCAGGAAAAUAUUAUUCAAAAAAUCGGCAGCACAUUUCUGAUCACCAUAACAAGUUUGUAAAGCUUUUUUGUGCUUCACCUGAGGAAAGACAACGAGAAAGAGACUGCAAUCCAAACCUCAAUGUUAAGAUGCUGAUUGAGGAACGGAGAACAGUGCUUGAGGAGAUGCAUGCUGACACUUUCGCUGGGAUACUGCAGCACUUGGACAAGAGUGCUGACGCGGUGGAGAAAAUUGUAAAAUGCUACGCCUACAUCCAAGAAAAUGAGCAGCUUUCUCACCACAGACAAAAGACGAAGGAAAGAAUCAACUUCAUUUGGUCAAGCGUUAUACUCUACCUGCUGGAACCCAAAAGUAAAUGUGUGAAAAGUUACACUCAACUCUGCAACCUUCUUUUGGAAACUCUGCAGCAAGUUUCAUUGGAUUAUCCCUUCCCUGACCCAUACUACCUGGCACUGCUGUUGUUCUGGCCUGUUUCACCACAAGAAACAGAAAUCAGGACCUAUGUGACUGCAAUCCAAAAGUCCUCUCGCAAGCAUCUAUCUAUAUUGUUUCGAAAGAGGAGUACUGUUUCCCACUUUUACUUGGGGAAGGAGAAUGGGCUUGCAAGACUCGUUUCCAAACCGAAACUUGAUGAAUGUUUCACUAUACCUCGCAAUGCCUUGGUAAAACUUUGGCUAACCGGGGACAUAUUUAGGGAAACGGAAAUAACAAGCCGUCUGCAGCGUGUCACUGGACUGAUUGAGAAAGGAGAGGUGUAUGCCAUUUACGGAAAACUACAAAUCCCAGUGCGACCAGCAUACAUUGGUACAACAAGGAGCGGAUUAAGCACAGAAAAGGUUUCCUUCUACAUUGGAUUUGCUAUCAAUGGCCCCCUUGCUUAUGAUAUCCAGUUUGAAAACUAGCACCAGAAGGUCCCUCAAAAAUGCUCAUGUAAAGACCAAAACCUUUCAAGAAGCUUUACAGACUUUACAUGUCUGGUUUGCAGCUCCUCUGAGUCUGAAAAGAAAUAAAAUAAACUUCUUGUUCUCCUUCAUUUUAAAUCAUUCAUCCACUUCUAUAAAAUUAGUCAGGGGAAAAAAACCCUCUAUUUUAUAUUUUAUGAUAUUUUAAAGAGUAAUCUUUUAUUUUGGUAAAAUAGUAUUAUUGUAUUUUAAGAUAUUUUAAAUAGUAACAUUUGUAUUUUAGGAUAUUUUCAAGGCUUCCAUUUAAGCCCCACCCCUAAAUAUGCAAUCAGAAAUAUGGGGAUGCCAUCGAUGCUACGUCCAUAUUGUUUAGUCUGUUCUUGCUAUCAUUUAUUUUGAAUGACAUAACUGGUUCACUCAUUUGUACGUUGAACGUUAGUAUUGUGUACUCAUUAUUUUAAGUUGAUCUUGUACUUUUCUUAAGAUAUUUUAUGUAUGAAUUCUUCUUGAAUACAUGUCUGGUUACUUCUUAUUUAGUUUAUUUUUUAGCUGCAAUAAACGAGGAAAUUGUAUAUCUUCUACAAAAUUUCGCCGCGAAAA